AUGUUACGCCAUGAUUCCAGCGACGAGGACUCUCGCACUAUCGCUAUAGGCACAAAACGUGCGCGCGCAACUACUGGCCUGCAUCGCAUCUCUUGGAAGCGCACCAAAUACAGGCAUCGCGUCGGCUAUCAAGAUCUUCGAGAUUUUGUGCCAAGAGGUGGCCAUUUUGGCCUUGCACCUCUUGCAGAGUCUCGACUUCCUGAGGAUCCUUUGGAUGAUCUCGGUCAGACUUCAGACUUCUCCGGAUCAUCGAGUGAUUACCAGAUACCGCAGAGUUCUUCAACAAUAGCCAUGAACUGGAACAGCAGUGCACAGAGCUCAAUCAGAACCUCGCUUCGAGGUGGAGGCGGCGACCUUGGUCAAAACCGUCUUGCUACUGGCUUUCGCUCACGCGCUGGGCAAUCCAGCGGUGCGCAAGGCCCUCACGAUGUGGUCGAAAUCUCAGAUGAUUCGGGGGUAGAGGAUGGUUCAGAAGGAGGCAUUUUGCUGAAUGUUGAUGCUUCUUCUAGGGUUGAAUCAUCUACUGAUGCGGACAACCCUGUUGAAAUUUCUGGAGACGAAGACGGCGAGGCUGAUGGCAGCCCGUCAGAGAAGGCAAUGGCCUCAUCCGACCACGUCAAGGCUGAAAAGCAACGCCUUGCGCCAAGAUCCAACCGGAAUGUCACCCUGCAGGCACAGUCUUCAAAACAGUCCAACAUGACCUCGCCAAUGUUUCAGAUAGAUGCACGUCGCGGCUCUCGCAUUCUGGCAGACUUAAAUCCAGAAGAUCUGGAAAAACAAAUUAAGUAUACUCUUUUUCAUCUUCCUCGUGAUCAGAUUGACCUUUCCCGACCUGUCGUCUGCACUGCUUGUUUAACCGAAGGUCAUACUGACGAGAUCUGUCCUGGCCUACUCUGCUCAAGCUGUGGAGGUCCCACGAACCACUCUACCCGUCUAUGCCCAAAAUGUGCUAGAUGCUCGAAGUGUAAAGACCGUGGCCACGACGUUACUACAUGCAGAUCCAAGCUCAAGAACACAAAUCCAGAGCCUUGUGACUUUUGUGGAGGCGCAGAUCAUGAUGAAGUGUCCUGCAUUCAGAGAUUCUUUCCUGCUCAUACUGAACUGCCAGGAGGUGAUCUUCAGCUCUGGAUUUCUUGCGCUCAGUGCGGCAGCAAGGAUCAUCUGGCUGGUGAUUGCCCGGUUCGUGGCAGUAGACCCGCGUCGGCAUGGUCUUUACGUGCUUACAGUCGCUACAACAUCGUGAACCUCAAUCUCCAGACCGGUGCGCAAGCGCGAGAGAAAGAAGCUGAAAACAAGGGAAUCAGACCGGAGGGUAUGCAGAUAAAAGGUCGCGGAGCUUUGAGUACUAACAAAUAUCCCAAAAGAGGGCAGGCUGCAGAAAAUGCUGGCUUGCAAUUUGGGGAUGGCGAUGACGAGGAUUUCACUACACGUCUGGCCGACACUAGGUCUAGACGUCCUUCUCCACCUCGUAGUCAUAUUCACUUUCAUGACAAUGACAGAGGUCGUAUGAACCGUGGCAACGAUGAUCAUCACUACAGACCGCGACCAGAUAGAAACGAACCACCGAAUGAUUACAAUCGGAACAACUCGUCUUUGUCUCACGAUUAUCGGGAUCGAAAUGGGUACGGCGGAGGCAGAGGCUACCAAGACGAUCGCGACUAUCGCAGCCAACGUCCAAGAUCGAGGUCGCCGCCACGAUUUAACGGAGGCGAUUCCUGGAGACCACCGCCACCGCUUCCCAGGGGUCCUCCACCGCAAGCAUCACUACCUGCCAGACCCGCACCUCCUCGCAAUCAACAACAGUCACAGAAUCAGAAUCAGAAUCAGAAAUUCUCGAAGAAGGGAAAGCGUGGUGGAAAGGGUGGAGGAAAUCGUGGAGGUGGCGGUGGAGGAGGAACCGUUAGGCCCAUGCCAUCUGCUGCCAAAAAUGCCUGGAACAGAGGACGACUCUGA